CGUGGGAGUGUUUCAAUCAGAGGCAGAACGAGGAUAUGAUGCAUCACAGUCAGAGGAGCGCGUGCAUGGAACCAGGGCUGAUGGUAUCGGGGUAACGGAUCAGAUCUUCUGCAGCACACAUUUAAUGCAGUUGACCGGGGGAGCUUAACGGCUGUGGGUGAUGAGGGAAAGCUUCGGGGGAAUCAUUCUGCUGGAGGCGAGUUCACACUCUGGGUGCAACAGAUCAAGAUGAGUGCUUGCUGGAUGUUCCUGAUCCUCGUGGGCUGCAGAUUAGGCCCAUCUCAGUCCACACAACCUCAGGGCACCUGCACCUGUAAUGACCAGCCAGAAAUUGUCUGUGUACCUCCCGGACACAAUGUGGCUGUGCCUUGCCCAAAGCCGCCCGGUCAAGAAGUGAAAUUUACACUCCUUCAGGACGAAGAGAUUAUUUACAACCAAACAUAUGACAGAAGAAAUGCACUAAACUAUAAACCACCAUACACCAGAGCGGGUGUGGAACUGCAUGAAAACGCAGACAAUAAAUCGGUCAGUUUCAUGCUCACCGGAGUGAACGCCAGUAGCCGUGGUAUCUACAGAUGUGAGAGCCAAGUCAUGUACCCUCCUCCCCUGAGAACAUUGUCAAGUGUUUUGAGGGUCCUGGUCCUUGUAGAAGGAAACCAAUGCUGCAGUAAUGGUCAAAACUGCGGAUUUCAUUGGAUUUGGAUUCUUGCACUUGUCAGCAUCUACAGCAUAAUUGCCACCAUCGUCGCCAUCGUCUUCUGGGUCAAGUUGAGGAGGACAGAUUCCCAGAGUGACUACAUGAACACCAAACCCAAAGCAUCCAGGGAGCGCAGGAAGAAACGAGGGUUUCAAAAUCCCAUACCACGACACUUCUGAUUACCUGUGCAGCAUCUGACCAUUUGCACAGCUAUCUCCAUUGGUUAUUUAAACAUGGGGAUGUCCUUGUAGUAGCUUGCCCUGAAGAGAACAUUACUGUGAGUGAGAUUGUGUUUGUCAGUAGUUUUGUGUCUACACAGCGAAAGUAGCAGGUCCUUUUACAGUACAAAAAUAAAAAAAAAAACAUCUUACCCAACAGUUUUGGUUUUGCUCACUUCCUCUCUCACCCACUCACUGUCUCUGCCUAUCUCAUACACAAACACACACAACCUGAUGCUGGUUCCCCUGUGUUUGUGGUUGUAACUGAGGGUGUCUGAAAGGGGGGAUUUAACCGCAUUCAAAGGGUUCACUCCUCGUCCUGUGUGAUAUCAUGCAGAUUAACCACAAUUUCAAGAUGGAAAAACAGCCGUUACAGGCUUUUACAAAACUACGAUGUCAAAAAUCAAAACACCAAAAUACAGACGAACAUCACCCUUCUCUUUCCAGUUUGCCUGCUCGUAAUUCUAAGAAAUCAGAAUGUGUUCUCGGACAGUAAACGUCACUGAGGUUGAUGAGAACCUGAUAUACAAAAGGGAGAGGCACGCCUGAAACGGUAACCAUCUGCACCGUUUCCUGUCUUCCUCCCUCUGCUUCUUCUCCCUUCCUCGUGUUUUCUGCAGAUGUGGCUGAUUCAGAGGCUUUCUACCACCUGUACCUUGCUCACCUAGCAGUUUCUGUGCAGUGACUGCAAGUGCACACACACUGGUUUUAUUGGUGUCAUUCAGCAGCAUGGUCUUACUCAUCAAAUACCACAUGCGUCUGUUGAUGAACACAUUGUUUCUGUUCAGUUGUUAAGCCGUUUUGGGACUGAUGAUUAAAAUCAAA